CAGCCCUAUCCGCAUAACGAUAUCGGCCCUAUGGCGGCAGCCCUCUACCCCCCACGCCCCAAAGAAGACACAUUGAAAGCGGAAGAAGAAUCGGCCGUAAGAGACCCCCUCCCCCCAUCUUCGUCUUGAUCUAACGGAUCACAAGGCCCGGGAGCUAGCCUGGCUCCUGAGCUCCCUGCAGGAGACGAUCGACAAUGUCCGCUCUUGCCUGCGGGAAUGCUCCAACCUCCUCACCCCGAGCGCCGGCUCCACGCUAGUCCUUUCCUCCCCGCGCUCGGAGUCACUUAAGGGGUACGCGACGCGGGUGGCUAAUAAGAUCGUCAAAUCGGAUAUGCAGGUCAAGAUGUACGGGUUGCCAAACUCGAAGGGGUUUGCCUGCCACAGGUUGAGCUUGGACACCAAGGGGAAGGGUAUUGUGCUGGAGCAGUUGGCGGAUGUGGGAAAUCACGUUGCGGAAGGCCUGGAGAUCGUUAAUGGGGGAAUGGGGGUUGUGGAGAAGUUGGGCGGGACUAUGGAGAGCGUUCGUGCUGCGAGAGAUGCGCUCAGGGGAACCCUGGCACAUCGAUUGUUCCCCUACCAUGCUGUGGAUCCCAGGGUAUGGUUCAUCUGAUCUCUGUUUGGUCUACGGGAGGCUGAUUGCUUAGAUAUUCGACCCUCCACUUCAUCCUCAUCUUGCGUUCGAUCUCUAUAUAUCCGAGGCAGCCCUCAUAGUGGAAUUGCGGAUGCUAGAUCCAUUAACCCCUCCGGAACAUCGUGGGCCAACUUUUGCGUUGCCGUCAUUGGAAUCCCCGUUUGGCUUUCGCGAAAGAUUUGCUGCUGCUGUGGGACUGAGAAAUGGGGGAAAUGGAGUUGGGGCCGCUAAUCAGGACGAGAUUUACAGUUACAAAGGGGGGGACGUGCGUGUCAGGGAGAGGGUCAGAGUUGAAAGCCAGGAUCCUAGUUUAAUGGCUGUUUGGGCAAAGCUGGGAGGCCUAGAGCAUGCGCUGGGACUGGCCAUCAAGUCUUUGGAUAUCGCGAUGAAGGCAGCUGGGCAUUGUUAGUGAUGGGAUUAAUUGUUCUUUGCGGACGCCUUUUUGAUUGGAUCGAUCGAUCUCGCUGUGGUCUUGAUCCUCCGGAUUACAGAGUUUGCAAUAGAUUGCUGGAGAGCAUGAUGUUGCUGGAUAUCUCUGACUAGAUUCUGACAACAAUUCUAAGGUGGUAAUAACGCCGAUUCGCCAGUGAUAGCCGCGCAAGAGACCGAUAUCGUCAAACUCCGUCAUGAAGCGCCGUAG